AUGGAUUUCAUCAAGACCAGUUCCCCGGGUGCUCUGAGUGAGUUAAUUCUCCAACGCAAUUGGAUUGACAUCAUUUGGAUGAGUAGAAGUCAAGUUAUGAUCAAAUUAGUGAAGACUGGUCCAGACGGCCUUAUCGAGCAUUUGCAUCCUGAGCCGCGCACACUGGCCGAUCGAGGAACGAACGUACCGCGAUCGUCCCGCGGACAUCGUCCGCGUCCUGCCAUGUCCACGGCCGAGCUGACGUACCGACCCGGGAGGCAUCAUCCCGCGGUCGGCCAAACCAAUUUCACACGCCCGAAGCUGCGCGCGACCAUACCGCGCGAACAGGAAGGCAACGCUUCGCGGCCGCGCGGCACAUCUCAUGUACCGCGGCCGAUCCAUCCGUCCGACCAGGAAGGCUUCGCCUCGCGACCGGCCAAGAUUCAUCGACAAAAAAUCAUCCAUCCGUCCGACCCCAUCGGCCGAACACGAAAACUCUCGGCCACGAUCAUUCCGACCGUACCGAUAGCCGACCAGACCUGA